GUGUGUAGUUGUAAUAAGCCAAUCAUAUUCAUCUUCACAAUAAAGCAGCCAAUUACAAUAUUUUUUUCUUAGCCAAUCGUUGUGAUUAUUUACAAAAUUGAUAAUACGUCUGUUAAAAUUGGCAGCAUUGUAUUAAAGAAAAAUCAUUUUUAAAUUUAAAAUAAUUAUCAAAUAUAUAUAAUAAUGGAGGAAAUAUUAAAUGUACAAAAUAAAUAUGCAAGUGUCAAUCUAAUCCAACUCGAAGAAUUUAUUAUUAAACGUCGAGAACAAAAAAAUCAAAUUAUAUACGAAAGAGAUCAGCAUUUAAAAGAAACUAAAGACAAAGUUGAAGAAUUAGAAUCAGAGUUAAUAUUAUUGAAAGAAUCUAUUCAUAAUGAGCAGCAAAUUUUAGAACAAAAAAAUAAAGAAUUAUCAAAACAUAAUUUUCGUUUGGCUGAAUUAAAAUCAAAAUACGAUAAACUUGCAGAAGAGAUUCAGAAUUUACAGGUUAAGAAAAAUCGUAUAAAAAAUACUAAACCAAAUCGGGAAGAUCAGAAGUUGCUAGAAACAGGAAGGCAUGAAAAAGUUUCGCUUGUACAAACAUGUUACUGGAAUAAAUUGGGAUUACAGUAUGAUCAAUAA